AUGGAAAAAUUAAUACCAUUCAUUAAUGAUCUGCACGUAUAGAAUUAAUAAUACCUUUCCUCUAGGAUAUACUGAGUUAAGCAGGAUUGAGCAGUGAAUUGAAUUUACCAUCAAUAGUUGUUAUUGGGUCUUAAUCAGUUGGAAAAUCAUCUCUUCUUGAAAGUAUUGUAGGUAGAGAGUUUUUGCCAAGAGGAAAAGGAAUAGUGACAAGAAGACCUAUAGAGAUUUAAUUACAUUAGGUUUUGGAUGCAGAAUAGGGAUGGUUUGAAUUUAUGGAUAAGAAAGGAGAGAAAAUAUUUGAAUCAGAAGAUAUUAGGAAAUUAAUAGAGUCAGAGACUGAUAAAGUGGCAGGAAAAAAUAAAGGAAUUUCACCUGUUCCUAUUAAAGUGAAAUAUUUUUCAAAAGAUAUUCUUGAUCUUUAAUUAAUUGAUUUACCUGGUAUAACAAAGAAUCCUGUUGGUGAUCAACCAUAGGAUAUAGAAUAAAAAGUAUUAGAUAUUGUAAUGCCAUUUAUAAAAAAUUAAAAUAGUUUGAUAUUGGCAGUGUCUAAAGCAUCUGAUGACUUAGCAACAUCAGAUGGAUUGAAAUUAGCAAGAAGUGUUGAUCCUAAUGGUAUACGUACUAUUGGAGUAAUUACUUAAUUGGAUUUGAUGGAUGAAGGAUCAGAUGCUUUAAAUGAUUUGCUUAAUUAAACAUAUCCAUUAUAAUUAGGAUAUGUUGGAGUUAUAAUGAGAGGAUAGAAGGACAUACAGAAGAAUAAGACAAUAAUUGAAUAACUUAAAGAUGAGAAGACAUUUUUUGAAAAUCAUAAGUUAUAUAAAAAGUAUUCUGAGAAAAUGGGUGUUAACUUUUUAGUAAAAACUUUGAAUAUGAAUUUUAUUUAACAUAUAAAGAAAGCAUUGCCAAUAAUUAGAGAAACUAUAAUAAGUUUAGUUUAAAUAAAAGAAUUUGAUUUAAAAUAGUAUGGAGAUUAUGAUAAUUUGGAAACUAAAGAGAAUAAGAAUUUACUUGUUUUAACUUUAAUAUCUAAAUUCUCUAGUUCCUAUAAGGAUAUGUUAGAAGGAAGAUGUUUAGAUAUAACAAGUAAGGAAUUAAUUGGUGGAUCAAGAAUUAUUUAUGUUUUCAAUGAAACUUUUAGAAGAACUAUUUAGAGAAUGAAUCCAUUUGAUGUAUUAAGUGAUGAUGAAAUAAGAACUGCAAUAAAGAAUGCUAAUGGAAUUAGACCAACAUUAUUUGUUCCUGAAGGAGCAUUUGAAUUAUUAGUAAGAUAAUAGAUUUCUAGAUUGAGAAUGCCUUCAAUUGAAUGUUCUCAUAUAGUAUUUGAAGAAUUAAGGAGAGUAGUAAAUUAAAUUUCUAUUCCAGAAAUAGAUAGAUUUGAUACACUUGCUAAUAGAAUUUCAGAAGUAAUUGAAAAUCUAUUAAACAAAUGUUUAAGAUAAACUGAAGAAAUUAUAUCAAAUUUAAUUGAUAUUGAAUUAGGAUACAUAAAUACAAGUCAUCCAGAUUUUGUUUCAGGUAUGGAUAUGGUUCAUAAAGAUGAACAAAGAUAAUAAACAUAAGUGUAAUAAUAGAAAGAGAAAUCUCCUGUUUAGAGUGAAAAUGAAUCAAAUAGAUUCUUCAAUUUUUGGCCAUUCAAAAAUAAUAAAUAGACAGAAUUAUAUGAUAGUAAAUUGGAUAAUUUAAAUAAAAAGAGAAAAUCAAAUAUUAAUAAUCAAAAAUAAUAAAAAUUAUAAUAAAUAGAGGAAAGUUAGAUAUUGUAAUAAUAAUCAGUGAUUAAUAAGAUUGUAUCUGUAAAUUAAUAGUAUUUUGUUAAUGAUCCAAAAAGACAAUUACCUUAAGUUCCAAAUACAAUUAAGAUAACUGAUAGACCAUCUAAAAGAGAAUAAACAGAGAUGGAUAUGAUAAAAGAUUUAUUGGUUUCAUAUUUUAAUUUGGUUAAGAAGAAUAUUUGUGAUUCAGUUCCAAAGACUAUAAUUACAUUUUUAGUAAAUUAAUCUAGAAAUUUUUGUGAAAGAGAAUUGAUUGGAAUGUUAUAUAAAUAAGAAUUAGUAGAUGAAUUAUUAUAAGAGAAUCAAUUUAUACAAAAAUCAAGAGCAGAAACAAAAUAAUCUUUGAUUAGUUUAAGAACAUGUUUGAAUUUGUUGAAUGAUUUAGAUUCUAAAUUCUGA